GUAUUUGAAUCGGAGUCUCUCUGUUUCUCGACUUCCGUAUGCGUCCUGUGCAUCCACCCAUCCAGCGGGCAACGAUAUCGUGUUUUGCUGGCAAUGGAAUCUGCUUUACGGCAAUAACAGGGAUCCGAUCGGUGCCAGCCUGAUACGAUCAUCGAAGUACCGCAGAGUGAAUGCAGUCAAGGCUUCUUGAUUUCACAUUCAUGCCUUGGGAUGCCUUUAAUACUGCGACUGUCAUCACCAAAUCCCUCCUCUCUGCGCCAUUGCAUUCACUGUCUCUCGCAAGGACUGAAAGUGCGGUGGACAUUUUCCUGCCGCUCGAUAUCUACCUCCCUCGAUAUGUCAUCCCAUAACUGUUCCCUUAGGCCGGGCUCCGGGCAUGCUACAGGCAGAAAGAUGGCUCUACUGAUUGGGAUUCCCUACGACAUGCACGAAUACCCAAGCCCCCAAUUCCCCCAAUUGUCUCAGAGCACAAGGAUGUCGAGGCUGUCAAGGAAUAUCUUGAAGGCAAUUGUGGCUUUCAUUCCAAUGACAUCAUAAUGAUGCGUGAUAAACCAGGCACGGAUCGUGGCCUUUUACCCUUGCAUGAUAAUAUUGUUGAACAGGUGUGCAAGUCAGGAGCUGCUGUUCGUCCGGGGGAUAGCGUUGUUUUGCACUACGCGGGUCAUGGCGACCAACUGAAUGCACAUCCUGACAGCGAGGAGUCAGACGGCAUGGAUGAGAAUAUGGUUCCCAUGGACCACGGCGGUUGCCAAGACAGAUUCCUCCGCGAUAAUUGGUUGAAGAAAUCCUUGGUUGCGAAGAUUCCAACUGGAGCCAAGCUGACCAUGAUUUUUGACUGUUGUCAUUCUGGGACAAUGGCAGACCUCAAACAUCGGACUUGCAACAGGGUUCGACUUUGGAAGUUGACUAAUGUCGCUUCUGCUUUGAAGACGUUCACUCCCGGUUCGAGCAAAGCGCGCCGCGCUCGCAUUGCUGCAUCCCGUUGGAAAAUACUUCGCGCAGUCCACAAAGGUAAGUGCGCAGUCGUCCUAACCCAUUCAUCAAGUACUAAUUUUAUAUCUACAGUUAUGACAGUUUCCCAUGAAGGGGCUGGGAAAAUCACCACCAAGAACGCUGUUUCAACCGGAACUUCUUUGGCUCCGCUGUCUCUAUCAAAAUUCUCCCCCAUAUUCAAACCCACAACGAAUGCACGCAAGAUUUCACCAUCGAUUCAUGAUCCUGUGAUAAACCAAAUUGCCAAUAUUCCGAAGUUGCAGCGCUCAAGAUCCACUUUUUCUCGUCGGCAGAAGUGGCCAAAGUGUAGAGGCUCCUGCAGCCCGAGAACGGUUCGCAAACAGGACGUGAUCUCGUUGUCAGCAUGUCGUGAUCAUGAACAGACGAUGGAAAACGACGCGGGAUUGUCGCUCUCACAGGUCUCGAUCAGGAUCCUACGGAAUCAACCAGAUAUUACUUACAAGCAGCUCAUGCGCCAAAUUAUCUGCGAGGUCUACAAGGUUGUUGAUGUAAUCCACGAUUUCAAACACGGUUUGACCCCUAGUCGACAAAACUCGUUACCUGACGAAUGCAAGGACUCUAUUCGUAACGGUUCCGGCCCUCGAGGUACUAUUAGUUGCACGACGGCUGCGAGACGCGUCUAUGGUUGGCGGCCACAGCUCGCCAGCCAGGAACCCGUGGAUAUGAACAAGCCGUUCUCUCUGCUAGUUGAUGGGUCCUCGCGCCCUACCUAUUGAGCAUUGCGUCUGAUGUUAUGCCUUUCGUAUUAUUUUGUUUACAACGUUGGAUACCGUACGCCGUAUGUUGCUCUUCGUUCUCUUCCACCGCCGCCCUGUCCCGAUUCGUCUAUCUGUCUCAGUUGUGUUCGGGUUUUGUUCUAUGAUGAUAGUU